GUGAUGAAUCAAAAUUCAUAUGCCGAUUGAGGCAACCUUUUUUAUUUUUUUGAUACUUCUGUCUUUAAGGUGACAUUUUUUAUACAGUUAACUUGAAGAAGUUAAAAAGCACGGUCCGAGUGGAGAAAAAGUACCAAAAGCACACCUGUUGUUGUUGCUUGCUUUUAAAUCGUCGCAGCACAUCGCAAUCCUAGCAAACUAUGCAAUAAUUGACUAACGGUUUAGUUCUAUAUUUUGAUUCUAACAGCUGUCUGAGACAGCUGUCCACUUGUCAUUUUCACAGAAAAAAAUAUUUUUGUGAUUGUUAUUUAUGACUCAACCUGUAAGUGUGAUGUGAUGUCAAGUCUGUAUUUGUAUUCAACUUCAACUGAGAGUUUUCUCGAUUUGUUGAUAUCAGACGUUAUCUGCAGUGUAUUAUAGUUUAACAACGAUUACUGUUAUUAUCAGUGAAUAAGUUUGAGGUUUUUUAUUGAAACAUGACUGCAUCACAAGAUAAUCGUCCAGAACUGUACGAAGAAGUCAAACUGUAUAACAAUGCGAGGGAAAGAGAAAAGUACGAUAAUAUGGCAGAUUUAUAUGCAGUUAUUAAUACACUGCAACAGUUAGAGAAGGCCUACAUCAGAGACUGUGUUACUCCAAAAGAAUACACUGGUGCAUGUAGCAAAUUAUUGGUACAGUUCAAGGCAGCCUUUCGACAAGUUAAAGGAGAUGAAUUUCCGUCUGUUGAUGCCUUUGUUAGGAAGUUUAGGGUAAGAAAAGUUUCUCUCUAUCAUUUAUUACCUUCUACUCCUUCCUACGGAGGCCCACAAAUAUUUUUACCAGAGGAGACCAAUCAUUGGCAGGAGAUAACUUUUUGGGAAGGUGUAUCUACAAAAGAGGGAAGGAACAAGGUAGCAAAUUUGUUAUGGAAACAAAGGCCAACCAGAUUCCUGGAUGGGGGGAGUUCACAGCCUUCCAUGUGUUCCCCCACUGUAAUGAUACUUUUGUGUGAUUUGUUUUGCACACCAGAUUGGUGGAAAUAAUUCUGAUGUGCUACUGAAAUUCAACAGGCUCCCUGUUCCUCAUAGUACAAAAUUGACACAAGUGGAAUCUAGGAUAUGUGUCAGUACAUGUUGUAGUAUGGUAAAUAGUAUACUUACUGUUAGGUAUAAAUAUGGUUGUUAGUUUAUAAUAAUAGUAUUGAUACUAGUAUAAGGUAUAGUCAUAUGAAUAUUUCAGUUGGAUUGUCCAGCAGCCUUAGAAAGAAUAAAAGAAGAUAGGCCCAUCACAAUAAAAGAUGACAAAGGCAAUACGAGCAGAUGUAUUGCUGACAUUGUAUCUCUGUUCAUCACAAUUAUGGAUAAACUUCGUUUGGAUAUACGUGCAAUGGAUGAUCUUCAUCCUGAGCUAAGGGAUUUAGUAGACACAAUGAACAGAUUGAGUAUUCUUCCAUCUGAUUUUGAAGGGAAGCAGAAAGUUGGUGAGUGGUUGGCAACUCUAAACUCAAUGCAGGCAUCAGAUGAAUUGUCAGAGUCACAAGUGAGACAAUUGUUGUUUGAUUUGGAGAGCUCUUAUGCUGCUUUUAAUAAGGUUUUACAUAAUGCUGCCUAGGUCUGUUUUAGAUUUUUAUGUAAUUUGUAAGGAUAUCUGUUUAUAUACUAUAGGAUUAUUCAUAAGAAAUUAAAGAAUAAAUAAAUGUUAAACAUAUUACAUCAGUAAAUGCCUUAUUGAAUCAGAAUGUGACAAUAACACUGAACUGAUUGUGGAAUGCAGAAAUGAAGAACAUUGUCAUUACCAUUAAAACCAUAUUCACAUUGUAUACAGCCAGAAGCAGAUCUAAGAUGAUGCGUUGUGCAUUGGGCACUGGACCUGAGUGGGCCCAGGGACUUUGCAGUAGAAAAUAACUAAUGAUUUUUUGAAAGGAUCAUUAUGCUUCUGACCCCAUCUCAAUUCAAUUAUCACCAUACUUCAAGCCCCAGAGAUCUUAGGUCUGCUACUGGAUACAGAUUCUAAAAUGCUUAAUCGCAAAUGAAAUACAUGUGAAAGAAAACAAUAAUUAUGCUUUGUAAUAAUUUAUUCAGUAACUAUUACAUAAAUUAAAAUGACAGA